UCUACCUUCGACAUGACCUUGAGCUAGAGGUGGAACAUGGCCGGCUCCAGGCGACCGCGCAUCUUAUUCGGUGCUGUUAUUGUUAUCUUUAUUGUCAUUUUCACGAGAUGGCAGUACGAGGCGGCGCCGACCGCACCUCUACAGCUGGAGGAGACGAAUUCUAAAGGGGAACCCAUAUCUCUAAACCUUCCACCAACACCGUCAACGCCGCCGAACCCCUCGACGCCGCAACUGAUACAGGAUGCUCACAAGCUCGGAUCUGCGGACGACUUCCUACCGCACUUUGCGGCAGUGCGACAGCUUCCGGCAUUGAGCUUGGCCGAAGCGAAGAAGACCUGCACAUGGGGACCGGACACGUUUGUCAAUUUCCAGUACACCGAAGAGGAUGAUUGGGUGAAAAAGGACCGCCCAGACGACGAAUUAGCGCAAAAACGCGAAGAAUGGCACGCUUUUGUGGAGAAGAGCAUGCUUCCCUAUGCGCAAGUGAAGGACAAGUUCAGCGGCCGAGGCCUUGUCGUCUGCGCCGGAAACCAGGAUACGCUCAUGCGGCUCAAAGUCAUUCUCCGGGCGCUCAAGAAGAUAGGCUCCGCGAUAGCCAUGGAGGUGCAUUACUGGGCCGACGAGAUGGACGAAGCAGCGAAGAAAGAGCUCGUCGAACUGUAUCAGCCAAACGCGAUGCACUUCAACGACCUCUCCGGUCCGCACAACAUCCUCCAGGUCAAGAAGGACCAGCUCUGGAUCAAUUACCAGCUGAAGACUGCCUCCGUCAUCAACUCGCGUUUCGCUGAGCCUCUGCUACUCGACAGCGAUAACAUUCCGAUCAUCAAGCCGGAGGAGCUCUACGACUCGAGCGUGUACAAGGAGUUCGGAUCUGUCUUCUGGCCCGAUAUCGCUCGAACACGAUCUAACAACCCCAUGUGGGCCAUCACAAACACUCCAUGCGCGAUGGACGAGUACGAGCAAGAGAGCGGCCAGCUGCUCGUCGACAAGCGCCGCUUCUGGUAUCACCUGCAGCUCGCGACAUGGUUGAAUAACGAGCAGGGGAAAUACUACAACGAGUUCCUGCUGGGCGACAAGGACAUGUUCAGAUUUGCGUGGCACGCGCUGAAGACGAAGUACGGACAUCCGAAGAAGUGGCUCACGAGCGUGGGCACCGAGAAUGACGGCUACUAUUGCGGGCACUCAUUUGCGCAGCACCACCCAGAUGAUGAGCGCGUGGCAUUUUUGCACGGCGGCUUGGUGAAGACGGUGGACCUGGAUGUCAUGAGGUGGAACAGAGAUCACAAGGGAGGAUACUACCGCAGUUAUAAGAGCGCGCCAUCGGACGAGGACCCGGCGACGAGCGUGAAUGUCGCGAUUAAGUUUGACAGCGCGGAUUAUCUGCCGAACAAGGGCCCGGGUGUCAAGGUCGCGCAGUGCACGGAUAUGAAGGAUGUGGAGGCGCGGGACAUCAACGAGAUCUUAUUUGGAUUCGAGAAGACGUUUGAGGAGAUCGGUGGGUAUUGGCAGCUGGAUGCAAAUAGAUAGAAGGGAGAAGAAUCCUUGACCUGGCGAUCGGCGAGCCCAACCGCCUGUAUACAGUUUGGUGAUCUCUCUUUCUCGCUGGACUCUCCGCCGUCAACGGGCAGCCUUUUUGCCGGGGCCUCACUUUCCUUAUUCGGUGCGUAUUCCGGGAGGUCAGGAUCGUCGUGCUCAUAUACUGGGAGCUGCUCCUUUGACCUUCUUUUCCUUCUUCUUGCGAUGAAGAGCAUAGAGGAUGGCGACUAGACACAGAAUUCCACAUGAAGGCCCUCUCGAAGCCAGAGAAGGCGGCUGCGGUUUUAUUGAAGGAUAUUUUAGUUCUGAGCCGGUCUACUCUUCAUCGUGCGCAGGCCGAAAUCGGCGCUUGCCGUGGUUCAUUCGGGAGUACGGAGUGGGACAAGUGCUUGGGUAACGUACUCCACGAUCCAUUAAAUAUCUCCUUAAUUCAUCAUAUGUCGUAUAUUACGAACUCAAGUCACUUCUA